AUGCUGGGUCAGAGGUCUAUCAAGGUGAAUGGCGCCGACUGCGGCAUCGAAUCCAUCAUCUUGGGCAUUAUCACGUCCAUAGGUGGAUUCCUUUUCGGUUACGAUACUGGGCAGAUUAGUUCUAUGCUCCUGUUCCGAGACUUUAUAGAUCGCUUCGCAACGGGAUAUGACUAUGAACUUGACGAAAAGGUUUUUGUGCCUAUUAUUCAGUCGACCAUGGUCAGUCUCAUGAGUAUCGGAAGUUUGAUCGGUGCUCUAUCUGGUGCAUACACUUCUGAUUGGUGGGGACGUCGCAAGAGCAUGACCUUCGGAGUCGCCUUGUUCAUUAUUGGUAAUGUCAUUCAGAUCACGGCCAUGAGAUCGUGGAUUCAUAUGAUGAUGGGUCGAUUUGUUGCCGGUCUUGGUGUUGGUAACCUCUCCGUCGGUGUUCCCAUGUUCCAGUCCGAAUGCGCCCCUCGCGAAAUCCGUGGCGCCGUUGUCGCCUCUUACCAACUCAUGAUCACAAUCGGUAUCCUGGUUUCCAACAUUGUCUGUCUCGGUCUCAAGAAGAUCGAUCACGGCGACGCCUCCUGGAGAAUCGUCAUUGGCCUCGGCAUUGCCUUUUCUCUCCCUCUCGGUAUCGGUAUCUUGUGUGUCCCAGAGUCUCCUCGAUGGCUCGCUUCCAAGGGCGACUGGGAGGGUGCUCAGAUCUCACUUGGACGUCUUCGCGGUAUGAAAAAUAGCCUUGAUCACACUCUCGUCCAGGAUGAUCUGAGAGAAAUGCGCGGCAUCCUCGAGAAGGAAAAGCAAGUCGGUCAGGGCGGCUGGCUCGAGUGCUUCAACCCCAAGAGCGAAGUCCCCAAGCUCGUCUGGCGCACAUUCCUUGGUUUCUUCAUUCACUUCCUUCAGCAGUGGACCGGUGUCAACUACUUCUUUUACUAUGGCGCCACUAUCUUCAAGUCUGCUGGAAUUGAGGACCCUAUCCAGACACAGCUCAUCUUGGGUGCUGUUAACGUUGCCACUACUUUCGCAGGUCUCUGGUUCGUCGAGAGAUUUGGACGUCGUUGGCCUCUGAUCAUCGGCGCUCUUUGGCAAGCUGCCUGGUUGUGCGUGUUUGCCGGAAUUGGUACGGCUAUCGACCCUAAAAACAACAGUACAGUCGGUAUAGUUCUUAUCGUCUGCGCAUGCAUGUUUAUUGCGUCUUUCGCCAGUACCUGGGGUCCCAUGGCUUGGGUCGUCAUAGGAGAGACCUUCCCUCUCCGUACUCGAGCCAAGCAAGCCGCUAUCGCUACUGCCGGUAACUGGCUUGGUAACUGGAUGAUUGCUUUCCUCUCUCCUAUCGCCGACGCUGGCAUUAAGUAUGCUUUUGGUUUCGUUCUCGUUGGAACUAACCUGGCUGCCGCUCUACUCAUCUGGUUCUUCCUCUACGAAUCUCGACAACUCAGUCUGGAGAAUGUCGAUCUCAUGUAUGGCCAGGAGGGUCUUAAGUCUUGGAACAGUCAUAAGUGGGUUCCACCUGGAUACAUUACCCGUGCCCAGAGAGAUGACGCCGUCUUCCGCGGAAAUGACAAGGGUAGAAAUAGCGAGUCUCACUCUGGAGAGGAUUCUCGUGUUGAGAAGAUCGAUGCUUAG